ACGUGCAGGACCCCGCUGUCAUGAGAAGUGCUGAGGCGCUUGUUAUGUUUUGUGAGUUAUUAUUUAGCGAGUAAUUGUGAAUAAAAAUAUCUGUUAAAAUGUCUUCAGAGGAGUUCGAAAAGCUGCACGAUAUGUAUAAACAAAUUUACAAUGACCUGAAGUCGAUGCCGGAGAUAGCAGCAAAAUGUCGCGGAGAGGAAAAGAGGAGAGUUGUCAGAGAGUUUGAUGAAAAAAGCGGAGAAGCAGAGGAAGUGCUCAAAGGAAUGGAUGAAGAGUUGCUCUUGGCCCCGUCCUCCUUCCGUAACCCGAUGUCCACUACGAUGCGCAUGUACAGGAGGGACCUGGGCAAGCUGCAGAGGGACAUGAAGAGCACUGACCUGGGCCUGGGGUUUGGAGCUCUGGGGGAGUCCAAGUAUGGAGCCUACAGUGCCGAGAACGAGCACAGUACACAGCUGCAGUCCCAGCGAGCCCUGAUCCUCCAGGGCACAGAGUCCCUGAGUCGAGCCACGCAGAGUAUAGAGCGCUCACAUCGGAUAGCAGCCGAGACUGACCAGAUCGGCACGGACAUCAUCGAGGAGCUGGGGGAACAAAGGGAGCAGCUGGACCGCACCCGAGACAGACUCGUACACACCGGUGAAAACCUCAGUCGAAGCCGAAGGAUCCUGCGCUCUAUGUCCAGGAGACUCAUGACAAACAAGCUCCUGCUGUCUGUCAUCAUCAUCAUGGAGCUGGCUAUCUUGGGAGCAGUCGUGUACCUCAAGUUCUUCCGGAAGUGAAGUUGCUUUUAGAGACACUUGUUCCUGUGUGACAAAUCUCUGGACCUUGGAAGUAACCAGGGAGAGUUCCUGAGCUAAAACUGGGACGAAAGUCUGUCUAGGAGCACAGGCACAUUUGGAAAGAGCAUGUGAAUAUUAUGAUUUUUUGCAAACAGCUGGAAUCAUCAUAGAAGAUUUCAAACCAGUGUUUUCAAACUGGAACUGAAGCAACUUUGAGCAAAAUGUGUACUCGAGUCUAGGCAAUUCAACUCUUAAUCUUCGGCACCAGUGACAGACAUUAAGUGCAGCGUACUAUGCUUCAUUGUGCUCCAAGGCUUGUAUGGUUUUUGUGCCUGAGACGAAUUUGCUGACACAAUUGAUAGAUUCACCACUGAGAGACAAAAGGUUGUUUAUAUCAUGAAUGUGCAUAUUUUCCUUGUUGAAAACUUAGUGUACAUAAAUAGCAAACUAGAUUAAAUGCAGUCUUAGUCUUAAUUAAAAAAAAAAAUAAUAAUAAUAAUUUAUUUAUUAUGUCCAAUUAUUAUUUUACCCUUGAUUUUCUCCCAGUUUGGAAUUUUUCCCCACCCAGUUCAGAAGAACUGAAGGCUCAGUGGGCAUACUCAGAACCAACGGCCAAGCCAGCUUUCUUUUUCACCCAGGAACUCGAGAGCGGAUGUCUCCGAGCUACAUACCUCAGGAGCUCCUGCAGCUCACUGGGCGCCUGGCCAGCAGAGUUCACUGUAGUACAAUGAGAAAAUCCCUGCCGAUUUUGCUUCCCUAACUCACGGGAGCUCAAGAGCCAAUGUGAUGCUCCCUUCAGAGUCACCAGCGAAGACUGGCCAGGACACGAACCUGCACUGUAUGACUCGCCUUGCUGCUGCGCUUUUAACAAGUGCAAAAACUUAGUGGCCCUGGCACACUUUAAUCACCAAGUCCCUUAAAGUGGGGUAUCCAAACUGGGGGCCUGGAAAUAGUUUUGGGACAGCUAACAAACCAACGGUCACCAAGCUGGAGGAGUGCUGAUUUACGUUAGGAGCUUAUUUCAAUUCUAACUCCUAUUCUCAUUUCCAGUGCCACUGUGAACAAAGAAGUACCAUUAUACAACACAAGGCAAGCAAAAUGUCACGUGUCUAUGGAUUCAUUGAGUGGGUCCUCAGUCAGGAUGCCUAGUUUGGUAGCACCAAGUAGGAGCUGUGAUGCCAUCUAGUGAGGGCCCUGGGAAGUACAGUGGUGCACAACAGGUAUCAGGUAAAAUUGUUAACUGCUUGAUAAGUACAACUUGUGUUUCCCUAACACAGCAAACCAUACAGUACCGAUGCACUUGCAAGGGUGCGUGCUCGUAACUCUAUCAAUAGCCAGAGGCAGGAAGUUUAAAGAGAACAAUUUAUAAUAACUAUUGGAAAUUGUGCUUUUUUUGUUGUUGUUCUCCCAUCAUUACAAAGGCACAUACAUAACCCAAGUCAAUCGCUUUCAUUGAAACAAACAUCCAUACACGAAGUAUUAAAACAGUUCAGUGGCAGACUAAUAAAAACGCUGAUGGUACUGGACGAGUUUGGUGCGCAAUGUGGAUAGUACUUCACAUUUCCCAUUCAUAGUGAUAUGCUAUCAUAAAACUAACAGAAAUUGUGUAUUUUGGUCUUUGUCAUAUUCAUUGUAGCUAAUGUUCACUAAAUGCUUGUAUUUCACAUGUUUUCUUGAAUUAUCUUCUGUUAAGUAUAGGGUGCCAAUACUUUUGUCUGCGACUGUACUGUUUCAGUAAAACUUCUAUGGAUGU